UUCCAAUAGCCGCACAGCAAUGAUGGCCGAUUCACACGUCAGUUUGGCAAAUCACCGUGUCAGAUGUCCGGAUAAAACACCCAUCCAGAUUCUACAUGAAUAUGGCAUAAAAAUCGGCAGCGCACCUACGUACGAGCUACUACGCGCUGACGGAGACGCGCACCAGCCCUGUUUCAUGUUUAGUGUCACCAUAGGAGAAAUUACCUGCACAGGUGAAGGAUCGACUAAAAAGGCUGCAAAGCAUGAAGCUGCAGAAGCCUCUAUAAAAUUAUUGAAACUGGACACCCAGCCUAAUGAUCGGAGGGAGAAUAAUGGCCUUCCUUCUGAAGUAGGCGAUGUGUCCAACCCUGUGGGAAUACUGCAGGAACUGGCCAUGCAGAGGGUGUGGUGCCUUCCAGAGUAUAUGGUGUGUAUGGAAUCAGGGCCUGAUCACAUGAAAGAGUUCACUGUUACCUGUCGUCUCGAAGGACUGGAGGAGACCGGGACAGGCAGCUCAAAAAAGCUGGCCAGACGAGCAGCAGCUGAGCGGAUGCUGGGAAAAUUACAGAGUUUGUCAGGAUCUCCUGAAAUCACAUGGAGCCCACCUUCUCGAGUGUAUAUAGAAAGUCUUCGGCACUCUACAGGAGAGAAGAUUGCUGUCCUGAAGAGGACGCCACUGAGCAUCCCAAACACAGACUACAUUCAGUUGCUUCUGGAGCUCUCUCUGGAGCAGGGAUUUCAGGUCACAUACAUGGACAUCGAUGAGCUGACCGUGAACGGGCAGUACCAGUGUUUGGUAGAGCUAUCCACCAGGCCGGUGACGGUGUGCCAUGGUUCUGGAAUGACCAGUAGUAAUGCCCACAACACUGCUGCACAUAAUGUCCUGCAGUACAUCAAGAUGGUCGCUAAUCAACACUAACAACAGUUCUGUAUUUUAACGCUGAGCUCAGAUCAGUAUAAAGGAUAAAAUCAACUUGAGCAGACUUGUGUGUACUAAUUCAUGAAGAUGUGGCAGAGUGAUUCACCAAGGCCUGUUUCUCACAGCUUGCCUAAGCAAUAGCAGACGUGCAUGGAGCUUUUACACUGACAGCGUUUCUGACAAGUAAACAUUGUGCAGGUCAAAAUGAGAAUAAAGUGAUUUCUGGGAGACCACACUAUUUAUCCUUUAACAACUAUAAAUGAUGGUUAUUGUAAGUGACUAAGAACUAUUAUUAAUCCAUUGGGUUUAACUGCUUAUUGUUUUAGAUUUUAUAUUUUUUGUACAAAAAAAUAGUUGAGUUGUUCGCAUUGUUGCUUCAUAAAAGCCUAUAAUGCAACCGAUUGUAUUGCUAACAAGGGGCCUGUUUACAUACACACCAAAGAAAGAAAACUGCAUUUACAUGAGAUUUUAAAUAAUCAAGUUAUUCUUUGCUUUUGAAGUCUUUCCAUGAAGAGGCGUGUGCACAACAUGCGCUAACAUUGGAUUAGCCUGUAAGAAUGUCGGUAAAGGUGUUAAAUGUAACGUGAAAUCGGGUUAAUGUGCAAAAAUCUACACGUGUCGAUCGGUUUAAGCAUAAUUGAUGUAAAAACUUGCAUGUAAACAUACUUCAAGUUGGGUAGAUUACUUCCUAUAUUUAAUCUGGUUAAAAUUACAGAGUGCACAACUGAAAUUGUGUGGUGGUGGUGUAGUGGGCUAAAGCACAUAACUGGUAAUCAGAAGGUCACUGGUUCGAUCCCCACAUCCACUACCAUUGUGUCCUUGAGCAAGUCACUUAACUCCAGGUUGCUCCGUGGGGAUUGUCCCUGUAAUAAGUGCACUGUAAGUCACUUUGGAUAAAAGCAUCUGCCAAAUGCAUAAAUGUAAAUUGUAUUCAAAAACGUAAUCAUUUUGAUGAAACUAGAUCAUUUAAUCUGAUUGCUUUUCGAUUUCUUAUUGCAUAUUUGAUAAAUCUAAUUUUAGGUGUAUUAAGUACCAAUUUACCCUCAAGAAAAUAAACAACAAUUUGCAACUCUGUUAAUACCUUACACUGGUUUGUGAAUAGGUUUAUAAUGCAAUUCCAAUAAGUUUACCACUGUGUUGCAUUUUACGCUCCACAAAAAUAGGCUCCGCACUGAAACUACUUGCAGCAACACUUCUGCUGCUCAUGCGUGCUGUGUGAAUGCUGCUUACGCACGCUGUGUAAAACAGGCCCUAGAAUCAAAAGCAUAGGACUUACUGCUACAUAUUUCACAAAUAAAACUGAUGUUCAGUCAGGUCUAUGCAGUCUUAAGCAAACCUUCUUUUGUUUUGUUUUUUUGCAAGCCCUUAUUCAGCCCAAGUUGUGUAAUGUCAUCAUUUUUAAAAAAAAUUUAAAGAGUGAUAUGCCCACACUAAUGUUUUCAUUUGAAAACACAUUGUUUUUACUACUUUACACCUCUGAUCCACAGAUUCCACACUGGAGCAGCAUUUUCCUCUGUAAAUGAAGAAUUUUUAAAACGCUCUCUAGAACGGCAUACUUUGAAAAACGACACUUUGAAAACUAAGUUUUCAACUGAAAAUGUGUUAAUGUGGAUGUGUCCUCAUAACGUAUGUGUAAACAAGCUUUUUUUUAUUAUUAUUCAUUUUCGAUUUCUUAUAAGGUUUAGUCUAUCUGGUUGUGAAUUGUUUUUAUUUAUUUAUUUUUUUAGACCGUGUGUACUUUACAUUUCCAAAUAACAAUGUAUUGUUUGCUUUAUGUUGUUAGGUAGCAGUCUGUCCCAUGAAACAACCAUUAAAUAUUCCACUUAAACUGCUCAAAGUGAUCUUCGUUGUUUUCGUGUAAUCUCAACAGAUUCCAGCAUAUGCACACAUUCUCUUUUUGAUAUUUAAAGUGAUGGUUCACCCAAGAAGGAAAAUUCUGUCAUAAUUUACUCACCCUUAUUUAGUUCAAAACCA